AUGGACGAGGAUACCCCAAUAAAAUCACGCUCGAAGCGCAACGAUGACGCCCAUUCCUCCCCAUCGACCCCGACCCGGGCGACGACCCCGGCUGACGACACCAUCCACGUCGACGAGGACCACGUCGCCGUCGACGAGAAGCCCAGCCGCACAAAUGGCACGAAGACCAAGGUGAAGAAGGAAGUCAAUGACCGCGAGGAAGAGGAAAUUGCCAACGACGAGGCGGCAGCCGGAGCGGCGGAUAGCGAUGAGUCGCGACCCAAGUAUCGCUCGUGGAAGAAGAAGUGGCGGAAGCUGAGGGUGACGUUUGAUCACAAGAUGCAAGAGGCCGAGGUUUUGUGGUUGAGGGAGCAGAAGGCGAAGGCGACCAUCAAGAGGAUUGCUAUCGAGAAUGAUCGUCUCCUCGAUCUCCUCACAGACAUAAACGAGUGUCCUCAGGUACCCUUUGAGAAGCGCUUCGCCGGCGCCUCCCUAUCCUACGACGCCCCCGAACCCUCCAGCCUCCUUAAAACUCUCGAGUCCCUCGAAUCUGAAGUCCCUCACCUUUCCUUUGAGCAAGCGAAGGAGGCCUUCCCUGAUGCUCUGCAGGACAUCACCCCCGCUCCCGGCGAGGACGAGCCCGCCCCUUUCCUAACGGUCGACGAGAUCGAAAACUACGUCCACGAGAUCGACCUCCGCCUAGACCUCCCCAAGCUCAAGACCCUCGCCCCUGCAGCCAAGGAGGGCGCGGCUCCUGCCUUCUCCACCCUCUCCUCUUCCUCCACCCGCGACUUCUUGAUCAACGAGUCUGCCGCCCCCGCCCACGACGACGACGACCACCCGGCUGCCGGCUCGGCUAGCGCUCGAAAGAAGGGCGCCAAGGGCGACCGAUCCUCCAAGACAGCCAAGGCUAAGCGCCAAAGCAAGGUCGCUGACCGCGACCGCGACCGGUCCUCCCACCGCGGCGACCAGGCUGCCGACGUGUCCAUGGGCGAGGACGACGAGUAUGCCACCCCUGCUGCCGCCAAAAAGCGGAAGCGAGGCGGUGAUGAUGACGGCGGGUACCGGCCCAAGGGCGGCUCGAGCAGCCGCCCGGCCAAGAAGAAGCGCAAGAGCGACGUCGAGGGCACGCCGUUGGCCAAUAAGAAGAGAAAGUCUGUGCCUGUCGAAGAGUAA